AUGAGGGAUAAUAGGUUUGAGCAUUCACGCUCUGAUCGUAAGGGACAAGCGUGGGACUCCAAGGAGAGAAGCAAUCGACAUAAAAAAAACCUCGGUAUGAGCCGAAGCGAGAAGGGAGCUAAUGAGGAGACUUGUGCAAUUGUUUCUUAUGAGCAUGAGCAAGGAAGCACCAAGCGAACAUUGGGUGAGCCUCAUCAUCAAGUUUUCGAAAUUAUGAGUGAGGGAGAUAUGCUAAUGGGGAAUAGACUGGCUAGUGUAAUUGUCUCGCCGGAAAUGCAAUCCUAUAUUAAGGGAGAUAAUGUCACUCUACGUAACAAGAGCGUGGCGAAGUCGCUGACUUAUUCGCCACACGGUUCAGCCAAUGCAAGUGGAGAUGAGCAUGUUAACGAAGCUCUUAGUGGGAUGGAGGUUGAGACCGGUAUUGAUGCUGAGGAGGAUCUCUUUGAUGAGGAGCUGGAGGAGAUGGCAGCCAAAUCGAGGCCUAGUGUGGCCGCAAGGGCUACAUUGGGUAAAGGACAGGCGAAGGCGUCAAGGAGUGCACGGUCAAGUGCGAGUGGGAAUCCUCCAUUGGGGAUCCAGAACAAUAAGGCAGAGUUCCACCUCUCACCACGAUAG